CAUUCACCCACCCCUGCUCUUCUAAAGGAGCCUAAUCCACGUUCUCCAGGUGCCUCUUGAUUUCCCAAGGAGACACCUCCUCAGGCCUCCCCUUUGGCCUGGACAGAGCUGCUUGUCUUCUCUCCUGGGAGGACAGUGAGGCAAUGGGUCUGUCCUUGCUGCUGCCUCUGCUGCUGCUGCUGGCUACUCUGCAGGCUGGUAAUUCAGAAAGAUGUGAUCCAAAAAUUGACUAUAGGAUGGACCAACCAGAGCACCUCUCAGCCCCCAAGGGUGGCACCAUCCACAUCAAUUUCACCUUUUAUUACUGUGGGGCAUUAGCCAAGGAUCCCAGAGUGAAUAUAGCCUUGAGACGGACACAUUUCCAUGGGCAGUUCAUCUACAACAGUAGUAGGCAUUUCGUCCAUGAGGAUUACAAGGACCGUAUCGUCCUGAACUUGCCAGAGGGUCAGAAGUCUGGCUUCCUGCAGAUAUUGAACCUGCGGGAGGAGGAUGAGAAUACGUAUUUUUGCCGGGUCCAAUUGAAGACACAAAGAUUUGGCUGGCAGGUGUGGCAGUCCAUCCUGGGGACCAAACUCACCGUCUACCUCGCUCCCAAGACAACCACCGAGGGCCCCACAAGCACUGCCACCACCACGGCCACCACUACCACCACUGGACUCAGUGUCUUGGAGGGGAAUAGGAGCUCAGCAUCUUUACCCCUGAGUGUGGGAGCUGCUGUUGGGGCUGGUGCUGUGCUCAUAAUUGUAAUUUUGGGACUGAUCCUCUACCUCAGGUGGAAGAGAAGCAAAGGUCUACAGACUACAGCCAGAACCGUAGCCAGGGGAUCCCUCCAAAAUACUGAGGAGAAGUAUGAGAACAUUGGGAUUAAAAGACAACAAACAGACCCCAAGCUGGACCCCAAGGAUGAAGCCCAGGAUAACGGUGGCAUCCUCUAUGCCUCCCUCUCCAGUUCCUCCUCACCAGCAGCACAUCCCACCCUUCCCAAGAAGAGCCCCCAGGAGGAGACCCUAUACUCUAUCCUAAAGGCCUAAUGGGUGGGAUUGAAGGAUGACCUCCUUAGACUAAGCUGCAGAGCGGGUCACAGCUUCUGAUAACAACUCUGGCCAGACACAGAAGACUCAGAAGUCAGGGGGUGUGGAAGGCCACCAAGGACUGCAGAGAAACAGAGCCAUCUGCUCCAGUGCCCUCUCCACCUUCCCAGCCCUGCCCACAAGAAUAAAAGUACCUGUUGAAUUUGCCCAAAAGCAUCUAAGGAAAAAACUGAUAGCACCUUCAACUUCUGUCUUUUGCCUCUUGCCAAAAAUGAACUAUAAUAAACAGCUCCCACCCCAGAUCCCUCCUCCAGCACUGGAGUUCCGUGACUGCCUCCAGGCAGGGAACAAUAAACC